AUGGUACUUGCCCAAGAGGAUGAGCGCACGCAUCCUUACUGGUAUGCCCGCGUUAUCAGGAUAUUUCAUGUCAAUGUAGAGUAUCGCGAGAACGAGGAGUCACACUAUUCACGACCUAGACACAUGGAUGUCUUAUUUGUUCGUUGGUUCCAACGUGAUGGAUCACCCACUGCCUUUACUGCUAAAUGCCUACAGCAGUUGGAAUUAUUUGACCAAGACAGUCUUGGGGAAGCAUUUGGAUUCCUGGACCCCGACUCUGUCAUCCGCGGGGUACACAUUAUCCCUGCAUUUGCCUACAGUCACACUGACACACUGCUUGGACCGUCCUUUGUCCGAAAAGAGGAAGAACUUGAUACGGACUGGCGCUAUUACUAUGUAAACAUUACCUACUACAGGUUCAUUGAUCGCGACAUAUUCAUGAGGUUUCAUGGGGGUGGGAUUGGUCACAAGGCCAUGCGGGAGUGGGAUGAGUUCCUGCAAGGUGGUGAAACUGAAUCAGGUGCACAGGAAGACUCCGAAAUGCGAGGGGAUGAGUCGGAUUUGGAAGACGAAGGUGAUAUGGAAGACUUGGAGGAAGAAGGCACUGACGAAGACGAAGAGGGCACUGAUGAAGACAAGGAGGGGAGUGACACUGAUGUAGGUCAGGACAAUGACGAUGACCGAGUUUUGGCUGAUGAGGGCGAGGAACUUGACGAUGACCUGUUUGCAGAGGAGGGCUAUGGCGCACUUUAA